AUGGACCCAGAAACCGAAUUCGACACCGACACCAUGAUUCUCGACUACGUCUGCAGCAAAGCGACACACGCUCUCCUGUUGACGCGUAUCGCGGAACUGAGCGAUAGACCGGCCCAUGCAGACGUCGACAUUGUAAAGAUCUUUGACACAUGGCACCUCCUAACAACGCACAAACAUGGCGCAACGCGCCAAAUCUCGCGCGAUCUCGACGCAAAAUUACGCCUGAUAUCAUUCACAGCCCAAUUCCUCACCAGAGCAAGGAAAUCCGAAUGGCGAGAUAGCAGCAACGGCAAUAGCAGACCCCAUGGAAUCCAGGGGCAGCAAGUGUUGUCGAGUACGGCAUACAUGACCAUGCUCGAAAUUCUGCGCAUUCCGCGCGAGCAGUGCCUCGACGAUAGGAGGCAGGUUCUAUCGCUGAUAGACCUGUUCCCUGACUUUUUGGACCUGUGUUUUGUGAUGCGCAUCACAGAGAAUGAAGAGUCUCUCAUUGAAGUAUUGGGUAAAUACACCAUCCAAGCCGUCCUCGAGCAAUACACGCUCUUCGGCAAGACGACGAUAGAAUCAGUUACCCACGCGUCUUCGCUUCUCUUACCGCACCAACCUCCCUCCUCAUCCCAGAGCGAGAGGAAGAAUAAAUGGCUAUCAGAAAUACAGUCAACAUACCUCACCAUUCUCCAUCCACCCCCACCACCAACAGCGAGUCAACAAUGCGAUUCGCAUGAAACGCAUCUCAAUCGUCUGGCGCAGCAGUUUCCGACAUUUGAGUUCGAGGCUAUGCUUGUGAUGAAAUUGCAGAAGUUCUUGUUUGGGCUUGAGACGCCUCUACUCGUGAAGUUGGAGACGGGGGAGAUAAACCCGUACGAACACGAUGGCGGCGGCGGGGAAUGA